AGACAGAGAGACACACACACACACACAAAGUGCCGAAUUUUCGUGGAAGUUUUUGGUGAACGGCCACAAUCCUUAGCGACGCCAAGCAAAACAGAGCAGCAGGCAAGCAGCAGAAAGACAACCACCACCACUGCGUUGAACACACAGCACGCAUCAGACACAGACGCAUUGCCACGCGCACGCAACAGGAAUACACGCACGCCAGAGAUACACGGUGUGAGCGACAUGCCUGUUCAAAGUUACUACGACACGCUGGGGCUCCAGCGAAGCGCGCUUCCAGCAGACGUCCGCAAAGCGUAUCGCAAGUUGAGCUUGGAGAACCACCCUGAUCGCAACAAGAGCAUUGAUGCAGAAGCAAACUUCAAGCGCGUUGCAGAAGCAUAUGUCGUCCUCAGCACACCGGAUCUCCGUGCCAUUUAUGACCAAUAUGGCAUGGAGGGCUUGAGCUCUGGUGCACCAAAGGGACACGACGGCUACACAGAUCCAUGGGUAUUUGAUGGAGAUGCACACAAGGUCUUCCGUGAAUUCUUUGGCACAGACAACCCUUUCCAAGACUUGUUCCCGCCACAGGACGAGUUCCAGCUUGGCCCUGGGCCGUCUGUUGCGCAGCGUCUGCGGCGGCACCAGAGCCCUCCCAUCGAGUCAGACCUCUACAUCUCGCUCGAGGAGGCAUUCACGGGCUGCGUCAAGAAGCUCAGAAUCACACGCAAGGUGUUGAACGACGAUGGACACACAACGACACAGCGCGACAAAAUCCUCACUGUGAAUGUGAAACCCGGCUGGAAGGAGGGCACGCGAGUGACGUUCCCGAAGGAGGGCGACCAAGGCCCGAACAACAUCCCGGCGGACGUCGUGUUUGUCAUCAAAUACAGGGACCACCCGCGCUUCCGACGAAAAGGGAAUGAUCUCAUUCACACCACGCGCGUCAAGCUCUCCGAUGCGCUGUGCGGCUGCGGCAUUUCGCUCCUCACGCUCGACGGGCGCCAGCUGAACAUCCCUGUCAACGACGUGAUCACCCCCGCAUACAUGAAGCGCGUGCCCGGCGAGGGCAUGCCGCACUCCAAGGACCCGGCCACUCGCGGCGACUUGAUUAUCAAGUUUGACAUUUUGUUUCCGGCAAAUCUCACGGACGACAGCAAGCGGCUCAUUCGCGCCGCGCUGCCGUGACGUGACCAUCACUCCUUGAUGUGGGCCACACCCCAUGUUUCCUGUCUCCAUGUUUCCUGUCCUGGCCAUGUUUCAGGCCUUUUUGUUGGUUUUGUUGAUGAUCUUGGUCUUUUGUGGUGGUGGAGCGAGGUUGAGUGGUGCGGCAGGUAUUGUUUUGUUGUGAACGUGACGUACGUGCUUGUGCGUUCCCGUGUCUGUCCCCUCCAUUGUUUGGUUGCUUAUCCUGGGCAGUAUAACAAGCAUGAUGAGCAA